UCUGUCUUCCUGUUUUGGGUGAAGCAGCUGGAAAAAUGGCAGCUGAGACAGGAAGAUACAGGAGUGCUGUUAGCAAGAGCAAAGACCCUUCUGGUCUUCUCAUCUCUGUUAUAAGGACUCUCUCCAACAGCGAUGACGUCCAAGACCGAGAGACUGAGAAAGGGCGCUUGGAGGAGGCGUUCGAGAAGUGUGACCAUGACCUGGACGAGCAGAUUGUUCAGCAUUACGCUGAGCUCACUACCGCCAUCAGGACCUACCAGAGCAUCACGGAGCGCAUCACCAGCUCCCGCAACAAGAUCAAACAGGUGAAGGAGAACCUGCUGUCCUGUAAGAUGCUGCUCCACUGCAAGCGUGACGAGCUGCGGAAGCUGUGGAUCGAGGGCAUCGAGCACAAGCACGUCCUGGAGCUGCUGGACGAGAUCGAGAGGAUCAAGCAGGUCCCUCAACGGCUGGAGGUCUCCAUGGCCAGCAAGCACUACCUCCAUGGCACCGACAUGCUGGUGUCUGCCGUCGAGGCCCUGGAGGGCCACCUGCUGCAGGUGGAGGGCCUGGGCGACCUGCGCCUGGAGCUGCACAGCAGGAAGCUCACCAUCCACCUGGUGCUGAUCGACGAGCUGCACCGCCACCUCUACAUCAAGUCCACCCACCGCCUGGGCCACAAGAACAAGGACAAGAACGCCCGCGGCCCCAGCUCCGCAGGCAGAGACGUGUCGCCCAUGCCCCUGCUGGACGGCAGCAGUCUCUCCACCCCACGCAAGCUGAUGGACUCCUCCCAGUUCAGCACCCCCGGAGCUGGCAGUGUGCGUGAGGAUGGGCGUGAGGCCGACCUACCCGAGGUUGAUCCUGAAGAGGACAGCCAGAAGUUCAUGGGCAUCCUGAUUAAAGGUCUGUCCAAGCUGAAGAAGAUCCCCGAGGCCAUCAAGGCCAUCAUGGAGCGCCUGGAGCCCGAGCUGAAGCAGAUCGUCAAGAGGUCCACCACCCAGAUAGCAGACCACGCCUACCAGAGAGGGGAGAACCUGGCCCAGGAGAGCCAGCCCAGGCUACUGCUGGAACUGCUGGAGCUGCUGUUUGACAAGUUCAAGGCCGUGGCCCAGGCGCACAGUGUGGUGCUGGCCCAGCUCCAGCAGAUCGUGAAGGAAAGCCCCAGCGGUGCCCACAAGGAAGGCAUCAAACUCUACGAGCAGGCAGACGUCUCGGCCAAGAUCCAGACUGUGCUUCAGGUCCUGCUCAUGGACUACCUGGACGUGAAGAACAGCCGCAGUGCCACAGAGCCGUCCAGCCAGCUGUCCUACGCCAGCACCGGCAGUGAGUUCGCUGCCUUCUUUGCCAAGAAGAGACCCCAGCGAGCCAAGCAGUCCCUCUUCAAGUUUGAAUCGUCCUCUCACGCCAUCAGCAUGAGCGCCUACCUGAGAGAGCAGCGGAGAGAGCUGUACAGCAAGAGCGGAGAGCUGCAAGGAGGGGCAGACGAUAACCUCAUCGAGGGGGGAGAGAUGAAGUUUGUGUGUAAGCCGGGAGCCAGGAACAUCACUGUCAUCUUCCAGCCGCUCCUCAGCUUCAUCCAGGAGAUAGAGAUGAACAUGGGCCCCAGCCAGGCCAAGCAGUGCCAACUGCGCACCUUCCUCACCUACUACAUCAAUGACCUCUUCCUCAACCAGGUGCGGACGGAGAUCAACAAAGAGAUCGAGUCGGUGAGCCAGACGGCUGACCCACUGAAGACCCUGGCCAACGCGGACACCAUGAAGCUGCUGGGGGUCCAGAGGCCACUGCUGCAGGUAGGACACAGAGCCAGGGUCCUACAGGGGGUCCAGAGACCACUGCUGCAGGUAGGACACAGAGCCAGGGGGGUCCAGAGGCCACUGCUGCAGGUAGACACAGAGCCAGGGUUCUACAGGUGGAGCAGAGGGCUACAGGAGGAGCAGAGUCCCUAAGCCGAAGCCCUAAAG